AUGUCCCUAGCCCAGAAGCAGAAGCAGACUCCUGAUCAAGGCCCAGAUCAGGUAUCCGAUCAAGUUCCUGAUUUCAAUUCGGAACCGCAAAUCGUGGAUGCGAAUGGGCCUAGCUAUCAGACUCCAUCAUCCAUGAGUGGCCAUGAUACCCGAUCGCCUCACGAUACGGGCACAUUGGUCGUGAACGAUGAGGGUACCAGUUAUUUCGAGAGCGCAAAUUGGCGCGCCAUUCUGAAAGAGAUCAAUGGGGUCAAGGACUAUAUCGAUGACUAUGGAAAUGAAGAAACGGAUGAUGAAGGGGCAGAGGAAGACGCGGAGGACGAUUCCUCCCCAACUCUGCUACUCGGAAUGAGUAGACCCAUUACCAAAGAGGAACUGCUCCUCGAUAUACCAGCAGUUGCCGUUCAUAUACCGACAUUCCGAAAGGAAUAUGCACGGUUCUGGGAAUCCCCCCAAGACAUGUCCUUCACGUGGAUCUCAUAUCUUUAUGCCAUUUUAACCCUCUCGGUGUCUCAUUAUCAUCGCAGCGAAGAGCCUCUGCCUGUGAACAUGGUAAAUCCAUCAACAGCUUGGAAUGUCUUUCGAAAACGAGCUGCUCAGGGCCUUGUGCAAGCAAACUACCUCGCUCCAGGGCGAUACAAGGUCGAGGCUCUUUUCUUUUACAGUCUCUCUGAAUUCUACCGCAGUCAGGACGCGCAGAUUGGCGUUUCCUAUCUUUUCGGGACCUUAAUUCGCCUAGCCAUGCGCAUGGGAUACCAUCGGGAUCCUAGUCAUUAUCCCAGCCUAUCCCCUUUUGAUGGCGAGAUGCGACGACGACUUUGGGCUCUGAUAUGCCAACUUGAUACUCUCAUCUCAUUUCAGGUCGGACUUCCACGAACCAUUCAGCCUUGGCAAUAUGAUACAGAACUACCUUCCAAUAUCCACGACAUGGACUUUGAUGAAAACAGCGUUCAGUUGCCACCUUCGAGACCCAGUACUGAAUGGACGCCGUGUGGGUAUACAAGAGGCAAAUCUCGCAUCAUGCAGUGCUUUGGACAAAUCACCGAUUUGGCAUACUCACGAGAGCAAGUAUCUUACGAGGAGAUUUUGGCUAUCGACCGUCGGCUGGAGGAGGCGCAUGAUUUACUGCCACCGUUCCUUCAAUACCAGCCGAUUGACCAAUGUUUUGCAGAGACGACGGAGCUUAUCAUGAAAAGAUAUACCCUAGCGUUACUCUAUCAGAAGGCUCGAGUAGUGAUGCACCGCCGGUAUAUGGCUGAGACUAAUAGCAAGUACACGUACUCGCGCCAAACUUGUUUGAACGCGGCCCGCGAGACAUUGCGACACCAUUCCGAUGUAUACCAGGAAUCAUUACCAGGUGGCCAACUCUAUGCGGAGCGAUUCUUCAUGAAUUCCCUCCAAAAUACAGACUUCAUGCUUUCGGCUAUGAUUCUUUGCCUGGAGCUUUCACAAGAGAAUGAGCGCGACACCGCCCGCAUGGAACCGCAGGAACGUGAUGACCUUCUGCGUCUCUUGGAGACUACAUAUCAUAUCUUCAAGGAAGGACGGCACCGGUCUAUUGACACACAGCGAGGGUACACCGCGUUGAGAAUCAUGCUUGGUCGAGUUCGAGGUAGCAGCCCUGCUCAGAGCGACAGCUCGUUCACAAAUAAACAGAGUAUGGAAAUUGAUGGUGAGUUGAUUUUCCAGGCCUAG